GUGGGGGAUGAUGUCUGUUUGGUUACUGACAUUCUUCCAAAUAUCUUCCUCUGUGUUUAGCAGAACAAAGAAAUGUAUACAGGUUUGAGGGUAUAUGAUGACAGAAUUUUCAUUUUCGAGUGAGCUAUCCCUUUAAAUGCAGUCAAUAGGCUGAAAUAAGUUGUAGUGUGAUCAUCAUGGCCAGUUGUUCCAGUUUCUUUGCAUAUGUUCAGAGUGGAGAAAACAUCGUAUUUUCCUACCACUAUAUUUAGCCCACCUGCAUCAGCCUAUCGCGGGCAAGCAGGAAGUGAUGGACGCUUUCAGGACACACCCGGUCCGCCCCUUCCCCCAUAGAUGUGUGGAGGAGCCGGUCAUGAAUACUGUCUGACAGGCUCAGAAUCGGGUUAGUGAGUUGUGAUCUGAGAAGUGAAACUCUUGGAACACAGAACUGGAUCACUAAAAAAAGAAGCAGGCUCACGGGAACACCACUAAAUCAGACGCUGACCUCUUUAUUGUAGUUUUGGUGUCUUUCUCUUGCUCUCAUUUCACACUACCUUCUCUUCUCAUUUCAAUCUCAUCUAACCUUGAGGAUGGUCAACUAGCAGAGAGAGAGAACCAGAGGCUGAGGGAUACGCCGCGUUCCAGGAGGACAGUUCUGCCGAUGAGGCCGAGAGUCCGUCCAAGAUGAAGCGUUCCAAAGGCAUCCACGUCUUCAAGAAGCCCAGUUUCUCCAAGAAGAAAGAGAAGGAUUUCAAGGUGAAGGAGAAAGGGCCGAAGGAGGAGAAGGCCAAGGACAAGAAGUCUAAAGACCUGACAGCGGCGGACGUGGUGAAACAGUGGAAAGAAAAGAAGAAGAAGAAGAAGCCCACCAUGGAACCCGAACCCGUCGUCACGGAGACAGCGGCGAUGUUCCGGCCGAUCUUCGGAGCGCCUUUAGGAGAAGCGGUGAGGAGAACGGCGCUGUACGAUGGCAUACAGCUCCCAGCCAUCUUCAGAGAGUGUGUGGACUACAUCGAGAGCUACGGCAUGAAAUGUGAAGGCAUCUAUCGCGUCUCUGGUACCAAGUCUAAAGUGGAUGAGCUGAAGGCAGCGUAUGAUCGCGAAGAGUGUCCAUGUCUGGAGGAGUACGAUCCCCACACGGUGGCCAGUCUGCUGAAGCAAUACCUGCGAGAGCUUCCCGAUAACCUGCUGGGUAAAGACAUGGCCCCGCGCUUCGAGGAGGCCUGCGGGCGACCCAGCGAGGCGGAGAAACUGCAGGAGUUUCAGCGACUUUUGGGAGAGGUGCCUGCGGGGAACAGACUUCUGCUGGCCUGGCUCAUCACACACAUGGACCACGUCAUCGCGCGCGAGGCAGACACGAAGAUGAACAUCCAGAAUAUCUCCAUCGUGCUCAAUCCCACUGUACAGAUCGGGAACCGUGUGCUGUACGUCUUCUUUACUCACGUCCGUGAGCUGUUUGGCGAUGUGGUCCUGAAGCCUGUCGUCCAUCCUCUGCGCUGGUCCAACAUGGCUACCAUGCCCACCCUGCCCGAGACCCAAGAGAGUAUUAAAGAGGAGAUCCGCAGACAGGAGUUCUUGUUGAACCGUCUUCACAGAGAUCUGCAGGCCGGUGUGAAGGAUUUGUCUAAGGAAGAGAGACUGUGGGAGGUGCAGCGUAUCGUCACGGCUCUGAAACGCAAACUCCGUGAGGCUAAGAGACAGGAGUGUGAGACUAAAAUCGCACAGGAGAUCGCCAGCCUGUCUAAAGAGGAUGUGUCAAAAGAGGAGAUGUCUGAGAAUGAGGAAGAGGUUAUCAAUCUUCUCCUGGCACAGGAGAAUGAGAUCCUAACAGAGCAGGAAGAGCUGAUCUCGCUGGAGCAGGUGCUGCGCCGACAGAUCGCCACAGAGAAAGAGGAGAUCGAACGGCUGAGUGCGGAGAUCGCAGACAUACAAAGCCGUCAGCAGGGUCGCAGUGAGACGGAGGAAUAUUCAUCCGACAGUGAGAGCGAGAGUGAAGAUGAAGAAGAACUGCAGAUGAUUCUAGAAGACCUGCAGAAACAGAAUGAAGAACUGGAGAAUAAAAACACUCAUCUGAAUCAGGCCAUCCACGAGGAACAGGAGGCCAUAUUGGAACUGCGUGUUCAGCUCCGCUUACUUCAGAGCCACAAACUGCAACAGGAGCUCACCGCCCCGCCCACAGCUGAACAGGCUCCGCCUUCUCAGCCUAGUCCAGAAGAACGAUCAAGAGCGGAUGAGCCAAUCAAACGUGCCGCAGCGGUCACCAUAGAUUCGCCCGCUGCGCCCGCCCCUGCCCCAGCCAAUGGGAAGCCUGGAAAAGAUGCGAUGAAACCAUCGCCUAGCAAAGACAAGAGGGAGGCCAACCUGUAAAUCAUCUGACCUUCUCUGUACCCCUUCAUCAGUUCACCUGCAUUUGUGUUUGUGCUCAUCGUGUCCCUGUGACAUCCCAGCUUAACGGCACGGCAUUGCCACCAUUUCAUAAGGUGAAGGGGGAUUUUUUUACACUGGAGAAAACACGGCAAGGAGGUAUUGUGAACUGUCAAAGUUGUUGAAACAGACUGGAAUUGAAUGCAUUAUUUUUACACACAUAAGUCUGUAUAUGAAGUUUAAGCUGAAAUGAAUGUCAGCACAAUCGGAGUUACAUCUCGUCUCCUGACACAUGUCUGGUGGUAGUUCUCUCAUUUUUUUCUAGUAGGUAUUUAAAAUCUGUGUGAAUUUCAUGAAAUCUGUCAAGAACACGUCCAGGUCACAUAUUAAUCUGAAAUCAGAGGAACAAAAGCAAGAAAUCAUAUUUUUCAUAAAGAAAAUGAAGACCGAUCUGAGCAUUUAUUAUAAAGUUCACUAUUUAAUAGUCAAAAUAUAUAUAUAAACAUGUCAAUUGUAACUGCACUCAUGUUUUGACUUUUUCAAAUAAUUGAGGUGACAAUUGAACAUCUAUUCUACCUAAUUCCUUCUAUUAUAAUGCAUAAUGCGUAAACAAAUGAAUGAGUGCUACAUAUUACUUCAAAUGAUUGAAAAUCAUAUUAUUUCAAUUGCAAAAUAUUUCAUAGUAUUUGAUAGGGGUACAUAAAAUGAUCUUUGUUUCUGUUUGCAAAAUAUGUUAUUUCUUUUGAUACGGGGAUCAAAUGUGACCCCAGCGCGUUCUUGAAGGGUGUGUGAGACUCAUUCAAACCUUUUGCAAAACAUUUCAACAAGCUUCAACAAUGAGACGUCUUCUGUACCUUUCGUCCCGAUUGGUCAGUUAAUCACACAAGUGACAUUCAGAGACAUCACAAUCAUUUCAGACCGGUGACUUAGCAUGUAGAUGUAUGUAACUGGUUAUUGUUAACAAUAUUUCAUUUUUUAUUCAUCACGUCUUGUUUAUUUAUACAGUUUCGCUCACAAUUAAAUCACAAAUGAGAAUGUACACUGAGAAGUAUCCUGAACGUCUUUUGCCAAGCAGCAGAAAAUUAGAGCGGGCUGCUAGUUCUCCUGGUGAGUUCCUGUUGUAGGUUCAGGUCCAGAUCAAACCGGACUCAGUCCUGCAAAAUGAAGUUUGUUUUCAUGAAACUAUCGUGCCAUAGGUAGCUGUGUGCCGCCGCACAGAAGAAUUUAUCAGAAGAUGCUCUGGGACAUUGUAAUACAUCUAGAUUGUAUUUUUACCUAAAGAUAUUCCAAGGAAUCGGUUCUGAGCAUUUAUUAUAAAGUUCACUAUUUAAUAGUCAAAAUAUAUAUAUAAACAUGUCGACUUUAACUGCACUCAACUAUGCAGACGUGCACUAGAACAAGAAAUAGUGAUAGCCGUUUAUUGUGGAAUUGGUAACAUUUUUGUUUGUUUCCGUACAUUCACGUUAUGUCAUGUCUUAUGAACUUUAAUGCAUAUAGUGAAGCACAAAAUCACAUUUUUAAUUAAAACGUAUUAUGGGAUGUUUUACAGUGUUGGUGAUUUGUUGUUUUUACAUGCAAGUCCUGCCAAAAAAGGUCAUAUUUCACACCAACAUAAAAAAUGAAGUUGAGUACAGAAAUGAAGCUUUUUUGCAUUUUAAUGUGUUAAUAUUUUACACAACUUUCGUUACCAUAAUGCAGAAAAAAUGUGUCGAAACAUUUUUAAUGGCUUCAUUUGUUGAUGUAUGAAAUAGGACCCACACACUUCUUGGCAAGUUUUGUUUUGUUUGCAAAUUGUUUAUUGAUGGUUAUUUUGGAAACGUGCACUAGAUUGUUACCAAUUCUUCCUUUUAUCUUUCUUUUUUAUACAGAUAUUCUGUCAUUAUGUUUUUCAUUGUUUGUGCGGAAUGCUAAUAUUCUCAUGGAUCAUUGUGUACUAUUGUUCAGAUCUAACACUUAUGAUAUUCAUUUGGCUUUAUAUGUUAUUUUUUCUUUUUCGGUCAUUUCAUUUUUUUCCUUGUCAUGCUGUCAAGCAGGUGUGAGGAGCUACACUUCAGAAAUUCUUUGAAACAAUGUCUUUCUGUUAGAACUCAUCUCAAAUAUUAUAGACAAAGCUUUUUGUAGCUCAUGGUCAUUGUGAACAGAAUUCUGCCGUCUAAAAUAAAACAAGCCUGGUCAAGUCUGAACAAUUUCCCCAUGAGUACA